UUUCCAAAACCAAUAAUUGCACUUUGCUUGCUUUGGUCACUCUUUCUUUUCCAUCUUCAACAAUUCCCAGCGAAUCUUGAUUUUACUUCCACGAUGGAAAUGGACUCCCUCCCUAACGGCAACUCCACAAUCCCAACCACAAUAAUCCCAACCACCACUCCGUCAACGGCUCUGUCCUCAAAACUGACGCAACUGACUGAAUCUUUGAAACUAGAACACCAGUUCUUGCGGGUUCCUUUCGAACACUACAAGAAAACGAUCCGUACCAACCACCGCGCCGUAGAAAAGGAAGUCUCUUCCGUUAUCUCCGUCGUUAAUGACGCCGCUGACUCUGACAUCUCCAACGACGAUGCCGUUCAGCAUCUCACUUCUCUCGUUUCCAGAUUGCAAGGUCUUAAAAGAAAGUUGGAAGAGGGAAGCCGGACAGAGAACUUACAAGCGCAGAGGUGUCGUGCACGGAUCGAUCAUUUAGAAUCAGCUGAUGCGGAGAAUCUAUCAGAGUGGAAUAACAUGCGGAUGAAGCGGAUUCUUGUGGAUUAUAUGCUACGAAUGUCGUAUUACGAUACUGGAUUGAAGCUAGCUGAAAGCAGCGAUAUGCUGGAUCUUGUUGACAUUGAUGUAUUUUUGGAGUCGAAAAGGGUUAUUGAUGCUCUUCAAAAAAGGGAGGUUGCUCCUGCUUUAGCAUGGUGUGCUGAUAACAAAACAAGGUUGAAGAAGUCAAAGAGCAAAUUUGAGUUCCAGUUGAGACUUCAAGAAUAUGUAGAGUUAGUACGAGCAGAAGACCACCUGCGUGCCAUUACAUAUGCUCGGAAGUAUCUCGCACCAUGGGCAGCAACGCAUAUGAAAGAAAUGCAGCGGGUCUUUGCAAUAGUGGCUUUUAAGAGCAAUCCUGAAUGUGCUGUAUAUAAGGUUUUUUUCGAACCAAAGCAAUGGGACUACUUGGUAGAACAAUUUAAACAGGAAUUCUGCAGGUUAUAUGGCAUGACUCUAGAGCCGUUGCUGAAUAUAUUUCUACAGGCAGGGUUAUCCGCCCUGAAAACUCCCUACUGUUAUGAAGAUGAUUGCACCAAGGAAGAUCCACUGUCACAGGAGAGCUUCAGGAAGUUGGCAUUGCCAUUACCGUACUCAAAGCAGCACCACUCAAAGCUUGUUUGCUACAUAACUAAAGAACUAAUGGACACAGAGAACCCACCCCAAGUCUUGCCUAACGGCUAUGUUUACAGCACUAAGGCACUUGAAGAAAUGGCCAAGAGAAAUGAUGGUAAAAUAACCUGUCCAAGGACAGGUUUAGUCUGCAACUAUUCGGAGGUGGUGAAGGCAUUUAUAUCAUAAAUUUGCAUCUUGAAGCAAACUGCGUAAUUCAAGGGAAAAUAUCCUCUGCGUUGGGCUCUGAAAUGAUGAGGAGUUCUAGCAUCUUCUUUGAAUACUAGAAACAGGAUGCGAUGUUCAUUAAACGCUCAAAUAACUCGGGGCAGUUUCUCACGCGCCUUGAUCUGAUGAUACCUUUGUUGGAGACUUCCCACUUGUAUAUAUGCUGAAAGAAUCUUCCUUUUUCUUUUUUGUUAAAUCUGGCGUUGACCGCUUGUUUCUUAGCAGUUCACGAUUGACUAAAGUUGAUUUGCAAUUGCGAAUUUGAUCAUAUCCAGUCAUCUACGCUUUGCGUUUUCUCCA